UGUGUCCUCGCCAAAAUGGGGCUUGCUCUGAGGUCUGACAGGGCCACAUAAGGCUGUGCCACCCUCUGCCACUGCCCUCUUCUUUCCAGGAUCGCUCCAGAGUGAGGUCUUCCUGGGAAAGCUGAUGCAGUGUCACAACCCCCCAUCCCUGUCCCCCCUGCCAGCAGCAGGCCCAGGCCAAGCACGUCCCUGGCACGGCACAGCCAGGGAGCAUCCUGAGCCAGGCAGUGUUUCUGCUGGUGACUCAGCAUCCCAGAAAGGGAACUGGAAGCCUGGGCUGCUUUGUUUCCCCAGGUCAUUACUCCAAAUGUGAGAGCUACACUAAUCCACAUGGAUUCUGUACCCUCUGCUCCAAGCCCUCACAUUGCUGUCCUGAGCACUGACGUCACCCUGUCACUGCUUAAUCCAAUCUGGCUGUUUUCCAUGGAAAUGUUUAUCCAGAAGAAAAUUACACAAACACCACAGUACAAUUCCAAGAGUGCAAACCCAAACUUUUAAAGUGGCAGGAGCUUGCAGAGCUCCAGGUUUUUAAUCCGGUUUGGUCUUGUAUGGGAAUGACGGCCAUUGUCCCCAGCUUUAAUGUCUCAAAUACUUCCCAGUGGGCAAGGGUCAGUCUGGAAGUUGGGAAUCCCCAGUUGGGGAGGUGGCCAGGUGACCUGAGGGGACUCAUCACUGCACCCCCUCCCACCAAAGGGCCACUUGGCUGCGCUGGCAGCACCUGAUGGGGAAUAUCCAGAAAGAUCCAGGAGCUUUGAGCUCAUACAUGGAACACUGACUCAUCUGUCUGCAUCCAGGGGAUCCCAGGGAUAGUCUGGAUCCUGUCCAUGUAGUUCUGUGUGCUAGUUUGUCCUUUGGGAUAGUGUGUGCCUGUGGGUCCAGUCUUGUCACCUCACACAUGGAGCCAAGGGGCUGAGGGGGCUCGAGCUGUGUCGCCCCCAGCACACAGGAUGGGUGGAUGGAUGCUGGGCCUUGAGGUGAGGAAUGUGUCCAUGUUUUCAGGGAAAAAGGUGAGGUCUGGUCAUUGCAAACUCACCUGGAUUGAGGAGUUUGUGGUCAUCUCAGAGCAGUGCUCAAAGCAGCCACAUAGGGAGAAGAUGGAAGGGAGCCCAGAGUCCUUGUGGAAAUAACAUUUGGCAUGGCCUAGAAUGGGACCCUCCCUGUGGAGAGGGCAGAGGUGGCCAGCUCCUGCUUCCACACACAGGAGUGUCCAGCUUGCCUGAACAGGUCUCCCACCUGUGGGCACACCCAUUUCAUGGAGAGCUUGGCCAAAGGUAAGUGUUGGCUUUAAAAAGGAGGGGGUUUUAAUAGGUGAGUUGGUGUCUGUGUGAGGCUGCUCAGCUUGGAGAUUUCCAAACUUCAGCCUGAUCCAGUCCCAUCUGGAACAGCUCUGGGGGUCACUUUUGCCCGGUCUGGAGUGGUGAGCCCUGAGGUACCCUGCAGGAGGAUGCUGGGUCCUAGGCUGUCCUGUAGAGGGACAUCCUGCCACAUCUCUGGUGGAUGCAGAAGUGCUUUGGGAAGUGGGGAAGGACCAUGGCCUGCUCUUUUCCAGCUGUACCCAGAGGAAGAGCCAGGAAGCCUCAUGGAAAGGAGCUUUGGCUGCAGGAGGAGGCAGCUCUCCCACCCAAGCAGUGUUUCUGGCUGUCUCGCUCGCAGGGAGCGUUUGCCAUGGACACUGGGCACGUGAGCAGAUCCCGCUUCAGUGUGGCCUCCAGCCCGCCGCGGUGGGAGAUCGGGCUCUACGCUGCCGGUGCCUUGGCACUGCUGGGAAUCGCGGCCAUCAACCUGUGGAAGCUCUGGCGCUCCGGGAGCUACCCGGCCCCUUCCCCCUUCCCGAACUAUGACUACCGGUACCUGGAGCAGAAGUACGGAGCGGCGUGCCCGGACAUCAGGAGCAAGCGAGGGCUGGCCCCGGGCUCGCAGCGGGCGCCAGGUCGGAGCUCUUCAUCCCGCAAGAGCAGCCUGAGGGCAGAGGACACCUUGGAGAGCAUCCAGGAGCUGGGCAGCCUGGAGCUGAUGGGCAGAGACCUGGGCCUGGCCCACUACGGCCCCCUGCGGAAAUCCAUCUCGGCCGACUCCCUCAACUCUAUCUCGUCAAUCGGGAACAACUUCGGGCAGGAUUUCACGGUGGGGCAGGUGGAGGUGUCCAUGGAGUACGACGGGAGGGCGGCCGCCCUGCACGUGACGCUGCUGCAGGGCAAGGACCUGCUGGAGAAGGAGGAUGCGCGCUUCGAGUCCUGCUUCAUGCGGAUCAGCCUCCUCCCGGCUGAGCAGAUCGUCGGCAUCUCCCGGAUCCAGAGGAGCGCCUACUCCGUAGCGUUCGACGAGCGCUUCUCGGUGCCUCUGGAUCCGGCGGCGCUGGAGGAGAACAGCCUGCGCUUCUCCGUCUUCGGCAUCGACGAGGACGAGCGCAGCGUCAGCACCGGCGUGGCCGAGCUCAAACUCUCCGACCUGGACCUGGCCACGCGUCCCUUCAACGCCUGGCUUUACCUGCAGGACACCAACAAGGCGGUGGACACGGUGGGGGAGAUCCUGCUCUCCCUGAGUUACCUGCCCACGGCCGAGCGGCUCACGGUGGUGGUGGUCAAAGCCAAGAACCUCGUGUGGAGCAAUGGGAAAGUGACUGCAGAUCCCUUCGUCAAGGUGUACCUGCUGCAGGAUGGGAGGAAGAUCAGCAAGAAGAAGACAGCAGUGAAGAGGGGAGACACCAACCCCGUGUUCAACGAGGCCAUGAUCUUCUCUGUGCCGGCCAUCGUGCUCCAGGAGCUGUCCCUGCGUGUGACGGUGGCCGAGAGUGGCGAGGACGGGCACGGUGACAACACUGGCCACGUGCUCAUCGGGCCGGCGGCCAGCGGGAUGGGCACCACGCACUGGAACCAGAUGCUGGCCACGCUCCGCAAGCCCGUCUCCAUGUGGCACCCGCUCCGUAGGAAUUAGGCUGGAUCCUGGGGACAGCAGGCCCCUGAGUGGGGACUUGGUGGCACCCGCAAGGCCGAGCUGCCGGCGCCGAGGGGCCCAAAAUAUCCGGAGCACGGACAGAGCGGCUCCGUGGGCACAUUCCGGGUCACCCUCGCACGCCGGGAAGGAGCCCAGAUGGACCAAAACCAGCAGGAACCACCCCAAACCGCAGCUCCCAGCGGCCUCAGAACCCAUGGAAUCCUCAAACAUGGACUCCGAGCGAGGGAGGGAUUCCUUUGGAAGGUGGUUUUUGGGAGGGAAUCGUGAGAGUGGUGAUCCUGAGGGGAUCUUUUAUAGUGAUUUUGGUGUGCUGUGCCAAGGUUGGAGUGUUUCCAGUGAGAAUGGAAAAAAGGGAGCAAUAAGAGCAGGAAAUCAAUUGUUACACACGGCUCCUUCUCCCAUCUGUUCCCCAACACAGUAACUCCCUGCCUAGCUCCACUCCAACCCACUUGGUUUCCAAGUCAGAUCCACGCUGGGAAUGAUCCCCUAAAGGUCCAGUAGGAUCAAGGGCAGCUUUUCCCACCCCAGCCACUUUUUCCAACCCAACCUCACACUCAGGGUGCUCAGGACAGCACUGCAAAUUCCUGCUCCUUCACACAGCUGUCACAAAUGGGGAUUGCUUUUUCCAGUCCCUAAUCCUGAACUUGGGCUAUGACUUACCCUAUAACUUAUUUUUAUCCAAGAUCCGGGCAUAGAGAGGAACAUCUUGGCCUUGUGACCCAAGGCAGGUGGGAAAGG